GGUAUAGGAGUGAGGACCUUGGAAGAUAUACCCCGGAAUCACUUUAUUGAAUAUGUGGGUGAGCUGAUAAGUGAGUACGAUAAACUCUGCGUUCCUGACGGGAGAUACCUGAUCGAGUUGGUGGUCAACGCGGAUAACCCAGAUGCCUCCGUCUACAUCUACCCAGACAAGUUCGGAAAUAUCGCGAAGUUCAUCAACCACAGUUGUGCUCCCAACUGCACAGCCAUGCUCGUGAACGAUGGUACAGCACGCCGGAUUGCUAUAAUGACGCGUAAGAAGAUCAAGGCUGGAGAGGAGCUGACGUUCAAGUAUUCUGACAGCAAGGAGUACUUCGAAACCUAUUUCAGAUGUGUGUGCAACACUAAGAACUGCAUUAGUAACAAGAUGUAG